GAUAAUGAAGCAUUGUUAGACGUUAGACGCCCGAUACGAUACUACUGUACGUGCGCUUUCGUAGUAUGUACUGUACCGCCCACUGGUAACGCUAUGUUACGACGAGCACGUUUGUGAUAGUAUCUUUGAACACGCUUAGGAGGUGUUACAAACAGAGCUCGAAUCAUGACAGAGGGUGUGUCCUUUCAAUCGUACGACAAACGGAAGUAUCAACGCCAACUUCGAGGAUGGUUGAGUUACGCCUUCGCAAGUGAAGUCUUUGUAAUCGUGUCCUUGACUCUGUUUCUUCCCAUAUGCUUGGAACAAUUCGCCAGAGACAAUGGCUACCUCCUUCCUGACAGGACCGUUCCCUGUUCCACAGUCCAACCAUUAGAUGCCUCUGAAGACAGAAGAUGUGUUGUGAAACUAGGCUGGUUGUGGAUAGACACAGCAAGUUUCAGUCUAUACGUCAACUCUCUCUCCGUGGCUUUGCAGGCACUUACCGUUAUAUCCAUGGGCGGUAUUGCAGACCAUCCACCGCAUCGAAAACGCAUCUUGCUGUUCUUCGCCUUCUUCGGCGCUAUUUCCGCAAUCCUCUUUCUCAUUCUAUCCUCCAGCUCGCCAUUAUGGCCUCUUUCAGCCUUGCUUGCCAUAUGUGCAAACGUAGGCUUUGGCGCUUCGGUAGUGGCUAUGAAUGCGUAUCUACCAACACUUGCUCAGGAAUCCGAAGAAGUCUCACAGAAGCGAGAAGCGUUGCACUCUUUAGCCGCCUCUCGACCCUCAAUUGAUUCUCAACCUAGACCUGCAGCUCUGGAGUCAGACAAUGUUGAUCAACCACUGCUUUCUCAUCACGCCACCGAACAUGUUGGAACUGACGACUCCGAACGAGCGAAGUUACAUUCAGAAUAUCACGCUGUUCUGUCAGCAGCAACCUCGCGAAUAUCUUCUUUAGGUAUCGCACUUGGCUAUGGAGCUGGUAUCAUCCUCCUCCUCGCGACUCUCAUUCCUGUGACGAAACUGGGAGGCUCCACGUUCUCGCUACGUCUCGCUAUAGGUCUUAGUGGGAUCUGGUGGGGGUUAUUCUCACUUCCGUCUGCUCUUUGGCUGCCCGGCUCCUCCUCUAGUGAGCCUGUAGAGGAAUGCGACGAGUCUAUUACGUUUCAUGCAUCAGGCGACUGGAGCAUGGGGCGGGAGAUUAUCAACGCAUGGAAACGCCUAGGUGGUAUGCUCCGCUGGCGCGAAAUCAAGAAACUCAGAAACACAUUCGAGUAUCUUGCAGCCUGGUUCCUCCUAUCGGAUGGAUUCACCACCAUAACUUCCACUGCAGUUCUCUUUGGAAAGACUACACUCCACAUGCCUGCUUCAUCCCUGAUUCUGAUAGGCGUUAUCACACCCACCUCUGGGAUCAUCGGUUCCCUCGUGUGGCCUAUGAUCCAAAGACGGUUGGGGUGGUCGAACAUUAGAGUGCUGGUCACUUUGGUGGGUAUGGCAUCGGUCAUACCUGCGUACGGAUGUCUCGGCUUCUUGAGUUUCUUCCAGCAUAGUGUCAAGUUUGGCGGCCUGACGACUCCAGGAGAGAUGGAUCUGUGUAUGGUGCCUUCCAAGGGUAUGCAAGAGCUUUCUAUUCAGAGCUCAUACCUCCAGGCGAAGAAGCACGUUGGUAUGGACUGUUCUCGAUUACAGACAAGUCUAGUUCAUUCGUCGGACCAUUAGUUGUUGGCUUGAUAGCAGAUACUACCGGGAACAUUCGAUAUGCGUUCUUCUUUCUUGUCUUUAUGGUUUGGAGUGCCGUACCGAUAUUGUUGAGUAUUAAUGUUGAGAAGGGACGGAAGGACGCCAGGGAAUACGUGUAUCGCGGAGGAAGGUAGUAUUUCUACCGGGACUAGAUUUCAUGCAGGUAUCUCACUCUUUGUAACAUAUUUAAGCAUGGCGCUCAGUUGUUCUUGCUCUUCUCCCUCACACCGACGAAUCAACUACUAAGAGUCCGUCUUGCGAAUUGCUAAGCUCCUCGUUAUCAUUGUCCUGAUCC